AUGUACCAUGUGUUCUCAAGCUCGCUGAUGGCAUCAGUGGCUAAGGACAUGCCAAGGACAAAGUAUCCCUUGGCUCCCUUGGAGGUGUACAUAAAUCUUUGGCUCAAGAAAAAGACCUUGGGCAAAUUCCUCAGCUACCCCUUCAGGUGUGAGGAACAGCGAAAAGGCUCCAUACACCUAUGCUGUAAGAAGAUGAAGAUUGUUUCAAGGUCCAAAGAAAAUAUUAAGAAAGUUCUCAAUAUGGUGAAGCUGGACUGUAUCCAGGAGGUGGAAUUGAAUUUCACCCAGAAGCUGUCAACUCUGGCCAAGUUUGCUCCUCUCCUGGGCAAGAUGAGCAAUGUUCAGAGACUCCUUCUCUCCCCCAUUCAUGGGUCUGCUGAUGAGGAAGAAGACCAUCAGGCUCUUCUGCAAUUUAUGUUUCAGAUCCUCAGGCUGCAGUACCUCUGGGAUGUCUGUAUGAAAGCUCCAUCCUUCCUCAAAGGCCUCCUGAACCAGAUGCUCAAAUGCCUGAAGACCCCUUUGGACAACAUCUCUAUGACCAGCUGCCUGCUUACAGAACCGAACUUGCCCCAUCGGUCCCAGUGUCCAGCCAUCUAUCAGCUGAAGGGCCUGAAUCUGAGUGGUGUUACCCUGACCAACUUUAGUGCCAAGCCCCGCCAAGUUCUGCUGGAGACAGUUGCAGGCACUCUUGAAGAACUGGACUUAAAUGUGUGUGGGAUCAUGGAUGCCCACGUCACAGCCAUCCUGCCUGCCCUGAACCACUGCUCUCAGCUCAGGGUCCUCAGCGUGUGUGGGAACCUCGUCUCCAUGGCAGUCCUGCAGAGUCUCCUGUGUCAUAACUCAUGGGUUGCCUGCUUUAAGUCUAGAGAUUUAUACUGCCCUUUGGGAGAAUUACAGUUCUCGGAUAUUCUUCACCAGGAGAGGCUUGUCCAGCUAAAAGCUGAGCUUUGGGAGAUUCCACAGAUUUAG